AUGGCUACAAUCACUGACGACAACAACAUCAUUAUCAUUGACGAUGAGACUGUACCAAGAAGAAAGAAACGCAAAACAGGUAACAGACCUAAUGGAGUGCCUCAUCCUUCAUCGUCGUCAACUCCGUCGGACCGGAGCAGAGAUUCAGUGUCUCCGGUGAGGCCUUACCGACCUUGGCUAACCUAUGACACACUGAAACCUGGUAACAUGGGACAACGCUUGACUCUAUUCUAUACACGCUUGCUUGACUUUCAAAAACACAAAGGAAUCAUUUCCAGCACUCUUCGGAGCCAUUUUCAAACGUCAGAAGAUCCUAUCUCAAGAUCUCUUGACGACGAUGCAUUUUAUGAACCUACAUGGAGAGAGCCACGCCAAGAACGAAGACUUUUACCUCUCGUGAAAGAAAUUGUUCAAUCCGCUGAAAAGUGUUGUUGCCAUGAGUAUGACAAGACGGGAUGGAACAAUCUUGUUUAUACGCCAAUCCUCAGUGCUGCUCUUCAAACCUUGAUGCCUUACCUUGACCGACAAGGUGUUGACUUUGCGCCGUGUGAAAGGGCAUCUCUCAAACCGAAGUAUGACAAAAUCGGAAUUUCCGGGCCACUGGUUGACUACAUGCUGUACAUGGUUCCAUCAUCAACGAAAGAUCGACUUGCACACAAGAUCUUGAUUAAUCGUCGAGACGAGCUUGGAUCAGUAAACUUCACAACCUUCAAGCCCACAUCACAGUACCCGGUAGGUCUGACUGUCAAAUCUAAAGAUAGUAAAAAUGGUUUGAGUGCCGAGGUUCACUUGUCAUCUUGGCAAGCAGCACAAUGGAAAUCUCUUCACGAGAUGGCUGGCGAAGAUAUAAAAGAACUCGAAUUUCUGCCGGGUAUUAUUGUUGAUGGACACGAGUGGAAGUUUGUUGCAACGACAUGGAAAAACGGGAGAACAACCCUCUUGUCUAGCCUCCCUCUGGGUUCGACUACCACGGAAGUAGGCGUUUACCGUAUUAUGGCCGGGAUCAAGUUGCUUAGCAAGUGGGUUAUGUUUGUCUUUUGGCCGUGGUAUCGAGAAUACUGUCUCGAUCUAGAACCCACGGAGCAGAGUUCUCAGCCCAUGUCACAGCCACAGCCAGGCGAAGUAUCGAAUGGUGUGGGGAGUAGUAGUCAAUCAUGA